AUGGACGUCAAACGCGCAGCCCGCAAUUCCGCCGCUGCCGCCGCGAACGCCGCCGCAGUAGCCGUCACCGCUGCCCCUGCUUCCCUCGCAUCUGCGGCCCCAUCUUCGGCUACCCCGUUCCUGCCUCCUACCAUCCUCGCCGCGAAUCACGUCGUGACUCCGUCCACGUCAGCAACCGGAGCCGCGCCGCUCUCUUCCAAUCCUGCGCGUCGACUGACGAACGGCUCAGAUCGAAGCAAGAGUACAGAUCGCGGGUUGGGGGGAAGCAGGAUGGCGGAGCUGGAGGCUGCGCUGAAGGCGUUUGGCGCAGGGCAGGCGCGGGUUCGCGUGGCGGGGGCACGGGUUGGCGCGGGGGAGGCGCAGGUUGGCGGAGCGGAGGCGCGGGUUGGCGCGGGGAGCGCGGAAAGGGCCGGGGGAGAGCGGAGCAUUUCGGGGGAAGCCAUGGGUGAAGAGGGGAGAAGGACAGGAGCGCAGGGCAGGGGGGGUGUUGCUGGGGGGAGACAGGGAGGUGGGGGGAGAGGGGGGCGGAGUGGGGCAGGGGUUCGGCUCUUCCUGGUUCGGCUGUGCCUGGUUCGGCUGCUCCUGGAGCAGCAGCAGCAGCAGCAGCAGCAGCAGCAGCAGCAGCAGCAGCAGCAGCAGCAGCAGCAGCAGCAGCAGCAGUAG